GGGAGAGGCACAGCACCCUGCUGUGCAUUUGAGCACAGCAGGGGAUCCUAUCCGGUGUUGGUAGCCCUAGCUCUCUCUCUCUCUUACGUAGCUUCCUUCGCAGCUCAAUUCUGCAUUCUGUAACGGAGGUAAAAUCAAUCAAACGGACAGCUACUCGAUUGAAUCAGUUACAGUUUCGUUAGCGUUGGAGCUUGAGGUGAUUCAUUGUUAAAAGCCAAUAUCUUGUGAGGAAGGGGCCGAAUAAUGGAAACAAACUCCACAAAUUGCAGUUUUGUAGUUAUCGUAGAUUAUUAUCCGUCUUAAAUUGGGGCCACGAUGAGUAGCGAAUUCAAUUCGAAUGGUGACAGCGCCCAAGUUUCGGGAAUUCACGAUGCUGCCGCCGCAUUUGUGAGCGGGUGGAUGUAUGUGAAUCAAAACGGGCAGAUGUGUGGCCCUUAUAUUCAGCAACAGUUAUACGAGGGUAUAAGUUCUGGUUUCUUACCAGGGGAGCUCCCCAUUUAUCCGAUUGUCAAUGGGAAUCUCCUCAAUGCAGUGCCCCUCAGCUACUUUAACCAAUUCCCCGACCACGUUGCCACUGGUUUUGUUUACUUGAAUGCGAAGGAGUCUACGAAUGAUGCCCACGGCUCCAUCCCGAGCAACAGUGAUGCAGAUGAAAGCUUUCCUUUGACAGGAGAUGAUGAGUCUUCUUGGCUGUUUGAGGAUGGUGAGGGUAAAAGACAGGGACCACACUCGCUUAAUGAGCUUUAUUCCUGGCGUCAGUAUGGAUAUAUGCGCGAUUCUGUGAUGGUGUAUCAUACUGAAAAUAAAUUUAAACCCUUGAAUUUGGCAUCACUGCUGAACACCUGGAGAAAAGUUAGGAUUAGAGCUGUCACCACGUAUGAUGAUAAUGGUGAAGGAACUGGCUUAGCACUGAACUUGGUGUCUGAGAUUUCUGAUGAAGUUUGUUCACAGCUUCACUCAGGAAUUAUGAAAACAGCCCGCAAAGUCUUACUUGAUGAGAUAGUUAUGUCCAUAGUUUCUGAUUCUCUUGCCAUGAAGAGAACUCAGAAGAAUCCUAAGAUUGUACCAGUCAUUGAAUCUGUGAAAUCUGUUUCUUUAGAUGGAAGAGUGUUAGAUACUCACAUGCCAAAGAAAAAUGAGUGGCAGCCUGAAAACCCUGCCGAGAAGGACCAUGCCAUUUGGGAUGAAGUAGAAGUAGAGCAUACUGUUGAUAGUGAAAUAUGUUAUGGUGGUGACACCAUGAAACCUCCUCCUAGCAUGAAAUCAAUUGGAAGUUUCGAAAACUUUUGUGCUGCACAUACAGUUGUUAGCAGGACGCUUUUUUAUUCUUGCUUGGAAGUCAUGUGGAAUGCCAUCUGUUAUGAUCCUGUAGCUGACUAUACAUCUUCUUGGCGAAGGAAAAGGCGCUGGUAUGAUCCUGGUUAUGUUGCUAGACAACGCUUUCACAAAGAAUUCUCCCAGCCAAUUGAGAAGCUACCAGCUGACUCUCUAGUACACAAACAGGACUCCUCUAGCUCUGAGGUAGAUUGCCCUCCAGGUUUUGGACCAGAAAGAAUUUCCGCGGAUAUAGAAGCAAAAUCACCAUCAGUUUCUCAGCAUUCUGAAAGAGAGGAAUCGUCUAAUAAGAUACUGUCAAGCCAUAAUACUUCUUAUGAUGAAAUGGGAGCCAUCUUGGAAUACGCAAUGAAUGAUCUUCACUCUUCCUCAAAGUUGUCAUUAGAACAUCACUUUGAAAUACUUGUGGAUGAGGAAGUGAAAAAAGUAAUUGAUUUUCCUCAAAAUGGUCCAAUUAAUGAUGUAAUUUUAUUGAAGCCCUGUCCUCUGAGUCACACAUACGUGCAUGUGCGCACAUACAAUCGUCUGUGCGCCCACCAAUUCUUUAGAAAAAAAACAUUCUCAUGGUGCUUUGUUUUGUUCUUUCUUGAUAUGUAUGUACUAUGUAAUCAUAUUUUAAUCUGUAUAACCAAAUCCUGGCAGGUUGCUUUCUGCUCGUCACCUACAUGGUCAGAUGACCACCUGGGUUCAGCUCAAAGUAAAAAGCAUCCAUUGCAUCAAACUGUUGCUCUCAGUCAUGAGGUUAUCAUGGAAAAUGUGCCUAAGGUUGCAUUUCAGAAACUGCUUAUACAUUCAGAUGAUCCGACUAAUAUUGAAGUAGAUGAAUUGUGCCCAUGUCUAUCUGAAGAAGAUAGAGUAAUAAAUGGUCCACUAGACAUUUCCAGGGUGCAAUUUCUGAAUUUGCCUGUACAUCUCGAAAAUGCUAGCAAUGUAGCAGUUAGUGAUGAAUUGCAGCCUCCUAAAUCUGAGGAAUUGACUGAACAUUGUGCUUUAUCACCAAUUUCUCAAGUAAAUGCGUCAAAAGUAGACGAGCACACAAGGAGAACCUCUUUGCAGGUAGCACUGAUGAUAAGCCGGUUGAGAAUAUAUGACUCUGUCAUGAGAACAUGGAGACCUUCAUAUUCUAAUGAUUUCAUUGAAAAAGCUAUAACAGUGGCAUGUUCUUUGAGGAGUCAUGAAUUAGGAAACAAUGGAUCUGCAGAUUGCAUGGAUAUAGAAAAAUCUUAUGGUGCUGGGAGAUUCUCUGAAGCAACUUUACUAACCGGAAAAUAUGUAUAUUCUCGGAGGAGUAAAUUGGGUUGUAAAAAGUCAGAACCAUUUUUCAAGGCUCUGAUUAAGGGAGAAGAUCGUCAUCCAAAACUAGCACCGACAAAAUCAAAGAAAAGUCGCACACAUAAAAAAGUAGUUCAGGCUGCACAAGUUGACACUAUUGUUCCCAAUUUAGAGAAAAAGGCCUCAAAACCUGACACUACUGUUCCUCAUUUAGAGAAAAAGGGCUCAAAACCUGACACUACUGCUAGUGUACGUCGGGUAAAGGGAUCAGCCCGUCAUAUUCGCAGACAGGCGUCCGAUAUAGUUAUUUCUCCGCUUCAAGAUCUUUCAGGCAAGAAGACAGAGAAUCCAUCCCUUUCUACUAAGGACCACUAUAACCUUGAGCAGAUUACAAGUGCCUCAAAAGUACCAAAAUCAAAUAAGCUCUCAAAACUUAAAAGGAAGAGUCUGAAUAAUCAUUCACAACAUUCUCGACCUGGUAAGGUCCAGAAACUAGCAAAUGGCACUCCAAAAGAAGCCAUGCCUAAACAAGUUGACGGGCACCAGACUAAGAGAAUUAAGACUAGGACGCUGAGACCUUGUCCACAGUCUGAUGGCUGUGCACGGACAUCCAUAAAUGGGUGGGAAUGGCGUAAAUGGGCUUCUGAGGCUAGUCCAGCUGAAAGGGCUCAUGUAAGAGGAAAUCAUAUCCGUUCUCUCUAUAUUAGUUCUGAAUGUAAUGGAAAUCAUUCAUCCAGUGUUAAGGGACUUUCUGCAAGAACAAACAGGGCCAAGUUGCGUAACCUUCUUGCUGCUGCAGAGGGUGCUGAUCUUCUUAAAGCAACACAAUUGAAGGCGAGGAAGAAACGGUUAUGUUUCCAACGAAGUAAGAUACAUGACUGGGGUCUUGUUGCACUGGAGCCAAUUGAGGCAGAGGACUUUGUUAUUGAAUAUGUUGGAGAACUUAUUCGCCGUAGUAUAUCUGACAUACGAGAGCGCCAAUAUGAAAAGAUGGGAAUUGGGAGCAGUUAUCUUUUCAGAUUAGAUGACGGAUAUGUGGUUGAUGCCACCAAACGUGGAGGGAUUGCUAGAUUUAUAAACCAUUCUUGUGAGCCUAAUUGCUAUACAAAGGUCAUAAGUGUGGAGGGGCAGAAAAAGAUCUUUAUAUACUCAAAGCGUCAUAUCACUACUGGCGAAGAACUCACAUACAAUUACAAGUUUCCAUUAGAGGAGAAAAAGAUACCUUGCAACUGUGGUUCUAAAAGGUGCUACUUAUUUGAUGUGAAGGCAUGUUUGACCUGUUUAAUUUAUCAUUGUUCUCAAGGUGCCGUGGCUCAUUGAAUUGAUUCUGGAGGAAUAUUUUACUGGUGUGUUGUAACCAUCAAUGACUGGAAUAACUUUGACAGUCUUCUCUUACCUGGGGCUAUCACAACUGUAACUAGUGGUGGCAUUUGCUUCGGGAAAGUCUUGGUCAUGAACUGCUUCAGCAAAGAUUACUCAAGGCGUGUUCCAGGUCUCCAUUUGUGUCGGUAGUCAAAAAUGAUGACCUCUACCAACUCAACCCAUGUGAUUAUUCUUGUAGAUAUCUUGCAGAUGAGUUUCUCCUCUCAAGAACUGAAAAUUUGUUGUUCUUUUCAUUUCUUUCUGGAACAGUUUUGGGAUCCAAUGCCUUGUACAAAGAUACUGGUAAAUUUUCAAAUAUUCCAUAACUUAUACACAUCAUUUUUUUUAGAAGUUUCUGCUUUAUAUGGGCAGUUGUGCAACAUAAUGCUAACAAAAUUUCUAAUAGAUCUGAUGAAACAGUAAAGGUAGUCUGAAAUUUAUAGUAAUUGUGUCUGCGUUUUAUCAGCUUAUUCCCCUAUCAAUCCAUUGCAUAGCAUUUCUCACUGAAUUUCAAUCACUAAGUGCAAGAUCCUUGUAUGACUAGUGACUCCCUUUUUUCCAUGGAUAGUUGAAAUUUGCAUGAGUCCAGCCACUCUUCAAUUUGACUUUUUCCCUCGGAGUUACAGAUGAAGAAACUUACCACAAGUUUACCCCAUUUCAUAUACCGUAGGCUACUUGCGAUGAAUUGACACAUUUGGGAGAAUGAAGUAGUCCGUUUACAUGCGCAACUCCUAGCAGAUUUUUUGUCAAGACGUGCUGGGCUGUCGCUUCAAAACUUGACUAUGAAAAUACUAUAUUUUGUCAAAGAACAUAAAUCACCACCCUCAAUAGUCAGUUUACAAGAGAUGAUAGUUGAGACUUAUCAUAAAAUGGAGAAUUUUGAUUCAUCGACUUGUGCCCGACCUUAGCUCAACUGGAAGAGUGAGGAAUGAAUCGCUGCAUCAGGACUUGCCACCUGAUGUGGCCACAUCCUUGGUUGCCGGUUCGAAUCCGGCAGGUCGGAAAAGUUUUCCAUAUCAUACUGCAUUUGCAAAUUAUCUCUAUGUAUAUUAUCACCCUUAACUUAUAGUAGUAACUUUCUACCAACAAAAAGAAGAAAAGUGAUUUGAAUUUGACAGUGGAUUUCAGUUAGCCUAAUAGUUUUGUCGACAGUUAAUAAUUUGGUCAUUUGUUCCAAUUUACAUAUUUAACAUCUUUUAAAAAUCCA